CAUAUCUAAACUCUUUCAGUGGGCAUCUAAACGCUUAUAUUGCCGUAUUUAAAAUGGACUCGAAGGAACCCUCUUCCCCGAGGGAUGUUCCCGAGGAACCCUCUUCCCCGAGGGAUGUUCCCGAGGAACCCUCUUCCCCGAGGGAUGUUCCCGAGGAACCCUCUCCCCCAAGGGAUGUUCCCGAGGAACCCUCUCCCCCAAGAGAUGUUCCUGGAGAUGUAACGCUGAAAUUCCAGGAAGCUUUCGAUGAUUCUGCAGCUUUUGGUAGGAAAGCGAAGGAAGUUAAAAUAGAUGAGGAGCAGAAUAAGAAGCAAAGUAUUAGUUCGGAGGAAUCAGGAGGAUAUUUUCCACAGAUUGAAGAUGAGGAAGUGAAUGGUGUAGAUAACGAAAAGAAACCAGCUUCAAGAGGAGAAUGGGGAAACCAUCUGGAAUUCUUCCUCACAUCUGUAGGUCUAGCAGUUGGUCUCGGGAAUAUCUGGAGGUUUCCCUAUGUCUGUUAUGAAAACGGAGGGGGCACAUUUUUAAUCCCCUACCUUUUCUCCCUCCUUUUCCUGGGGAUCCCACUUUUCUUCCUGGAAAUGGUGCUAGGACAAUACGCAGGAACUAGUGCAACGGUGGUAUUCAGAAGAUUAGCCCCUGGUUUGAAGGGAUUAGGAUACGGGAUGGUUGCUGUCAAUGUGAUCAUCAAUUUCUACUAUACUAUCAUCAUGGCCUGGGCUUUUAUUUACAUGUUUGAGGGAUGGAGAUCUGAACUACCGUGGAAGCGAUGUGACCCUGAAAUUGGAACCAAAAACUGUUUUUAUAAAUCAGACGCGGACAAUUGUAACGAUACAACAACAUUCUGGAACUUUACGUGCACCAGUAACACGGAAUUCUGUUCAUAUUAUGAUUAUGACGUAGCUAACGAUGCUUGUGUUAACACCACUAGCGGGGAAGAAAUAGGGUUUUCCAAUGUAACCAACAGAGUUACUCCCAGUGAGGAGUACUUUUACAGAUACGUUCUUGGUAUUACAGGUCUUGGUACUGAUAAUACCUGGGAGAACUACGGUGAACCUCAAUGGAAGAUCAUUGGAGCUUUGGCCCUCUCUUGGACAAUCAUAGGACUGGGGCUUAUUAGAGGAAUAUCUUCCUACGGAAAACUAUCCUACUUCAUCACAGUGUUUCCAUAUGUUGUUCUAACAACAUUUCUAAUCUAUGUGAGCCAACAAGAGGGAUUUUCAGACGGAGUUAAAUUUUUUAUCACCCCGCAAUGGGACAAGCUGCUUGAAAGCAGUGUCUGGCUUGCAGCAAUCAUACAAAUCUUCUAUAGUUUAGGAGUAGCUAUUGGCUGCCAACUUUUACUCAACUCCUAUAAUGAUUUCAAUGCUAACUGCCACAGAGACGCUUGGUUGAUUGCUCUCUGUAACUCCUUUACGUCAAUAUUUGCUGGAUUUAUCGUGUUUGGGACUCUAGGCAUGUUGGCCCACAACCUCGGAUUGGAGGUGAAAGAUGUGGUCUCGCAAGGGACUGGUCUCGCAUUUCAAGCGUAUCCUGCAGCUGUCACUAUCAUGUCCCCGUCCCAGCUCUUCUCCUUCAUGUUCUUCUUCAUGGUCUGUUUAUUGGCGAUGUCAACCAUUAGUGCCGCCUGGGAGCCAGUGGUUGCUGCAAUUUUUGAUGAUUUUCCAAAUCUUCGCAAUCAUAAAUCUAAGGUUUAUCUUUCAUGCUGCCUUGUGGGAUUUAUUUGCGGCAUUUCUUGUUGCUUCCAAUCUGGCUACUUUAUGUUCAACUUGUUGAAUGACAGGAUAUCUAACUCUAUCGUGUACCUAGCCUUCCUAGAGGUUAUCACUGUCGCAUGGUUCUACGGGGUUAAUAGGUUCAUGGAUAACAUAGAUGAAAUGAAGAUCUGGAUGCCUCAACCCUUUCGAGGUUUUUUUAUCUUCUGCUGGGCCUUCCUUAACCCUUUGAUGCUCAUCAUUGUCAUCAUCACGUUGUUCUUAGAUAGAGUCCCGUCUGGAACAGAGGGUUAUGAGUUUCCGGAUGGAAUCCAGGUGCUGGGUUGGCUUAUUGAACUUUUCCCUCUUGCAAUCCCUCUCGUCCUGGGGCUGGUUUCAGUCAUCAAAAAGUUUAUGGGUGAGGACCCUGGAGAGGCGGCGUUCCUGAGAUCCGGCCCUCUCCUUACUCCCAGCUCUCAGUGGGGACCUAGAGAUGAUAGACCUAAACCAGCCCUAAGCGGGAUUAGUAAUCUGGGAAUGUAUGACGACAUUCAAGUGGAGAAAAGAACAGAGCUUUGAUCAAGCAACUUUUUUAUGCAGGGUAUCCCAAUUAACUUCGGAAUUAAGUAACGAAUACAAAUCUGUUUUUUUAAAAAAGAAUUCCUCGUUUUACUAAAUGUACGACAGCAUGCAAUUAAAUCAAAAACAAAAAAUUUUAACUCUAGGCAGACGAAACAUCUUUGAAUUACAGCUCUGAGCUUUUCCAGUAGGAAUCACCAUUCUUCAAUCAAAAUAUCUUUUAGGAAGACAAUAUCGAAAUCGUCACUCAAUUCCCGUGUUUAUUGGGACACCAUAUAUACCAUACUCAAUAUUGUUAAUUGUCUUAUUUAUUCAUUUCAUAUUUCGUAUUUUUAUUCAACUACAAAGCACGAGAUAUUACAAUUAUUAAUUUUAAUAAAAGGUUGAACUUGUCGCAACGAUCAAAUAAUUAAGAUGCCAUGAAACCAAAACAAUUACUUUUUCUUUUAAAAAUAUUCAUCUUUCAUACAAAUUGAUUUAUAGAAGCUAUAACCAACCAUAUAACCAUAAAAACUGAUUUGUAGCUGAACUAUGUUUUGCAAACAGAUAUUAUAGUUGCACUACUGAAUUCUUGACAGAGACUCAGAUGUUUAUAAUCCCUUUAACGUUGCCCCCCAAUGUCGAUGGAACUUGGAUAUUUUAGAAUAUGUGAAUUCUGUUUGAUCAAAUAGCCUAAUUUUUAAGUAUCUAAAGUUUACACCAUCAGGUUGAAAAGAUAUAGGGAUUAGAAAAUUUGAGUUUGUGGCAAGGGCUCAGUUUCUUAACUCUUUACUUAAUGUUAUUACUAACAUAUGGAUACAUGAGCUAUGACAAGAUUAUCAGCUAUUGCCUAUUUGAUGUAAAUUUAUUGAAAAAUAAAUACAAAAUUAAAAUUAAAA